GUGCCACUCACAAAGAUGGGGCCGCAGAGCCGCGCCCCUCUCCAACUUGGCACUACCGGGGUGGGCGGGGUCCGAGGCGGAAGUGACGCACACGGAAUUCCGGCCCCGGUCCCUCCGCGGCGGGACCCUGGGUGCGGAGGAGAGGCACGCUGCGACCGGAAAAUGGGGCGGCUCGGGGCUCGUGCGGCGCUGUGGCUGCUGCUGGGGGCCGAGGCGGUGGCGGCGUUCGAGCCCAUCUCCGUGGCCCUCGCCAUCGGGGUCGCGUCCAUCUACGUAGCCUACCGACACCCGGCCCUGUACUGUCACUUCGCCGAGUGCUGCGGCGAGGAGAAGCCGCUCAACGCGUCGGGCCUCAAGCUGCAGUUGGAGGAGAAGUUGUUUGGGCAGCACCUGGCCACAGAGGUGAUUCUCAAGGCGCUGACUGGCUUCAAGAACAACAAAGAGCCCAAGAAACCACUGACUCUUUCCCUACAUGGCUGGGCUGGCACAGGCAAGAAUUUUGUGAGCCAAAUUGUGGCUGAAAAUCUUCAUGCAAAAGGCCUGAAGAGUAAGUUUGUCCACCUGUUCGUAUCGACCCUGCACUUCCCUCAUGAGCACCAGAUAAAACUGUACCAGGACCAGUUGCAGGGGUGGAUCCGGGGCAACGUGAGUGCCUGUGCGAGCUCCGUGUUCAUAUUUGACGAGAUGGACAAGUUGCACCCCGGGAUCAUCGAUGCCAUCAAGCCGUUUCUGGACUACUACGAGCAGGUGGGCGGCGUGUCUUACCGGAAGGCCAUCUUCAUCUUUCUCAGCAACGCAGGUGGAGACCUCAUAACGCAGACGGCCCUGGAGUUCUGGCGGGCAGGAAGGAAGCGGGAGGACAUCCAGCUGCACGACUUGGAGCACGUGCUGUCCGUGGGCGUCUUCAAUAACAAGCACAGUGGCCUGUGGCGCAGCAGACUGAUAGACAGGAACCUCAUCGACUACUUCGUUCCCUUUCUGCCCCUGGAGUACACGCACGUGAAGAUGUGUGUGCGGGCAGAGAUGCGGGCCCGCGGCUCGGCCGUGGAUGAGGACGUCGUCAGCAGAGUGGCGGAGGAAAUGACGUUCUACCCCAAAGACGAAAAGAUCUACUCCGACAAGGGCUGCAAGACUGUGCAGUCCCGGCUGAGUUUCUACUGACCUCUCAUCCGACCGGGGGAGGAGGCAGCUGGGAGCUCUGCCGGCCCAGGCCUUGCCUUUCGGAAUCGCUCUCGAUUGGGGAACUCAAGAGUUAAAGGUUUUGCCUUAGGUGAUGGGCUUCCAGGUGCGUGGAAAGCGGUUAUCCCAGGAACUGGGACGCACAGCCUGGAGCACUUCGACCUUUGUGCCCGGGGUGUCCGCCUGGGAUGCAGAUGGUGUCAGGUUGUUGGUAACAGGGAAAGGAGUACUGGGAAGGUGGCAUCUACACUGCAACUCUUAGGAUUAACCGUCCUUCUGAACCCCUCGUCCGCCCUUUCUUCUCCUUAUAAAAAUAGUCGCUGGCCCUGGCUGGUGUGGCUCAGAGGGUUGAGCACCAGCUGGCGAACCCAGAGGUCUCUGGUUCAAUUCCCAGUCAGGGCGCACGCCGGGGGUGUGGGUCCUGUCCCCAGUUGGGGGUGUGCAAGAUGCUUGCACAAGUGAAGCUUCUCUUCCUCUUUUUCUUCCCUUUCCCUCUCUCUAAAUCUUUGAAGUAUAAUAAGUAGGCUGGUUUGAGGAGAGAUGUUAGGACGGUAUUGAGGGCACGUAACCUGCCGUCUUCUCAGAUCGCUGGGGUCUGAUCGAAGUGCCCGUACAGACCCAUCCCUGAGUCUACGACAGGCUGUGGUAGUGACAGGCAGCGUGGACACCGGGUUCGUUUUCGGGCACCCCUGGUGGGACACCGGCACUGCCGUCCAGUGAGUCUGGGCGUUGGCGGGGAGUCCCUUUGGCUGCCUGGCCUGGGGGGCCCUGGGGUGCAGAUUUGGAAACAGUCCUCCGAGUCGCUGCACCGAGCCUGCGAGUCCCGCGGUGACAGGUGCCUUCUGCGUUGCGCGAGGACGCGGGUGCUACCGAGCGCGGCUGGUGCGCGUGCAUCACAGGCGGAAGUACUGCCCAUAGGAAUGCCAGGGUUUUUCGAGGGUGUGUGUGUUUUUAUAAUUUUUUAUGUAUGAAUCUUGGAGAACACAAAUACGGGAUGUUUCUUAUUUUAAAACAUGGAGAGGAUACAAAUGGAAUAAUUGCCUAUUUUAUCAGAUAUUCUGAAAAUAAAUGGUAAAAUGUA